UAGACGGUUGACGGAUCUAAUCAGCCGAGGCUCAGCAGCCUUCCCUGUCAACCCAUGCAGGUGCGGCCGGCCGCCGUAGAACAUGACGCGCCGAUCAGAGAGCUUGGAAUAAAUCGCAACUAUCAAAUUCAACGACUAAUUACGACAACGUGAAGCUGCAGAUUACGCUGCUUUCUCGACCGGGACACGUAAUGUAGGGGACGAUGUCGGGGGUAAAAACUCGCAUCUCAGACCCUGCGCCCCUCGACUAUGAAACUCCUCCCUUCCCAUCGCUGUACUGGCCAUUGAAUGCGAGGCCCGGAGUUGCCAGCUACCUCUAUUACACCAAAGACAUCUGGCGCUUCACCCUCAUCUGGACGCUCAUCUUCUACGCCGCAUUCCACAUCGCAACCGCUGCGCUCGCGGUGUGCAUGCAAGUAGGGAAAGGUAAAAGCGCGUUUAAAUGGGUCUGGAGUAUCCCGAUCGCAUAUGCUGUUAUUGCGGGGAUUGAAGCUAUGCUUGCUGGGAGCAUUGUGGGUUUGAUAUUGGGCGCGGUUUACGAUGCAGGAUACUUCCGCAUGUCGACAUGGAUACCCUUCGUAUGGUCUCUGAUCAAUGUCUUGGUAUUGAUUCUAUCCGCCUUCUCUAUUCAAGGCGCUCUAUGA